AUGGCUCAACAAUCAUCGAGGCUUAACCGCCUGCUCACUUUACUGGACACGGGUUCGACCCAAGGGACGAGGUUUACUGCAGCCAGGCAGAUAGGGGAAAUCGCCAAAACACAUCCUCAGGACCUGAACUCUUUGUUGAGCAAGGUGUCCCAAUAUCUGCGCAGUAAAAAGUGGGAUACCAGGGUUGCUGCAGCUCAUGCCAUCGGAGCUAUUGCUGAGAAUGUUAAACAUACAUCGCUGACUGAGCUCUCAAAUACUUUUGAAAUGAGAUUGUUAGAAGCUGGGAUUUCUGGGACCUUCACCGACAUUGUGACAUGGCCUAACCUCAAUCCUGAAAAUUCUGCAGGCACAUCAUUUAGAAGUUUUGAUCUAAACAAAGUGUUGGAUUUUGGCGCUUUGGUGGCAUCUGGUGGACAGGAGUACGAUAUUGCAAGUGAUAACAGCAAGAAUUCAAGGGAUAGAUUGGCUCGACAAAAGCAGAAUCUUCGGCGUCGAUUGGGGUUAGACGUGUGCGAGCAGUUCAUGGAUGUCAAUGAUAUGAUAAGAGAUGAAGACCUUCUCGUGCAAAAAAUUAAUUCCUCUGGCAAUGGAGUUUCCCUUCAGUAUAUUUCAUCCAGGCCUCUCCGUAAUAUCCAGCAACUUGUUACAAACAUGGUUCCUGCCUCCAGGUCUUGGAGGCCUAGUGCCAGGGAACUAAAUCUCUUGAAACGUAAAGCAAAAAAUAAUUCAAAGGAACAAAAGAAGGGGUGGUCAAAGGAUGGAGAUGCAGAGAUACCACAAUCACAAGAUAUGGUUCCUCCAAAGGGAACCAUGUCUAUAGACUCCCCAAGCUCGCAUAAGCAACUUGCAGAUGGUGUUUCUGAUGAAGACAUCUUCGAGAAUGAUGGAGACGGGGGAUGGCCUUUUCAAUUUUUGGUUGAACAACUCCUUGUUGAUAUGUUUGACCCGGUUUGGGAGGUUCGCCAUGGUAGUAUCAUGGCCCUGAGAGAGAUAUUGACCUAUCAAGGAGCUAGUGCAGGAAUUUUGACUGAAAUGAGCUGCAAGGCGUCGUCAAUUUCACAUUUGAAAGUUGAAGAUGACGAAAAUACAGUGAAGAGAGAGAGGGAACUUGAUUUGAAUCAACAUGUUUCGAUGGAAGAGUUGGAGCCAGUUUUGAAGAGACCAAAGUGGGAAAAUGUUUCAUGUCCAGAGACUGAUAUAACAACCUCUGCCUCUAGUGAUGGAGAUAUGGGCAUUUGUACAAAAGUUGAAGAUGGAGGAAACAUGCCUCUUAUGCAACUAAAUGGGGAAACUAAUGUUAGUUCCAUUAAGAUGGAACCUGAACCUCAUAUUCAUAGUGCAUGCCAUUCUAAUGUUCAUCUGACUGAGGAAAGGAUUUGUACUGAAGAAAAGGAUUCAAUGCAGAAGAAGAACGUACUCGAAAAUUUCGCUGAAAAUGCUGAGCUUAUGAACUUGGUUAAAAUGACUAGAAAUUCCUGGAUGAGAAAUUCUGAAUUUCUGCAAGAUUGUGCAAUUCGUUUCUUGUGUGUCUUGUCCUUGGACCGUUUUGGAGACUAUGUCUCUGAUCAGGUUGUUGCACCAGUCAGGGAAACCUGUGCGCAAGCUUUGGGUGCUGUGCUCAAGUACAUGCACCCUACAUCAGUUAAGGAGACAUUGAAUAUUCUGUUGCUGAUGCAGCUUAGACCAGAAUGGGAGAUCCGUCAUGGGAGUCUUUUGGGCAUUAAAUAUUUAAUUGCCGUGCGACAGGAGAUGCUCCAUGAAUUGCUUGAAUAUGUUCUCCCUGCAUGUAAAACUGGGCUUGAAGAUCCUGAUGACGAUGUAAGAGCAGUGGCUGCUGAGGCAUUAAUACCAACUGCAGCCGCAAUUGUUUCUCUGAAGGGUCCUGUCUUGCACUCUAUUGUUAUGCUACUUUGGGACAUUUUGCUUGACCUGGAUGAUCUUAGUCCAUCUACCAGCAGUGUAAUGAAUCUGUUGGCAGAGAUUUAUUCUCAGGAGGAGAUGAUUCCAAAGACAUUUGGCACCUUGGGAGAGAAAUUGGAAUUGGAUCUUAAUGAAAUUGGUCAAAUAGAUGAUCUUGGAGAAGGAAUAAGUUCUCUUGAAAAUCCAUAUAUGUUAUCAACCCUUGCACCAAGGCUGUGGCCGUUUAUGAGACAUAGUAUCAGUUCAGUUCGUUUAUCUGCUAUUUGCACAUUGGAACGUUUGCUUGAAGCUGGUCAUAAGAAAAGUGUCGCUGACGUGUCUAGCUCAUUAUGGCCAUCUUUUAUCGUUGGCGAUACCCUCAGGAUUGUUUUCCAGAACUUGCUGCUUGAGUCAAAUGAGGAAAUUCUGCAGUGCUCGGAGAGGGUUUGGAAAAUCUUGCUCCUGUGCCAAGUAGAGGACUUGGAUAGUGCUGCAAAAUUGUACUUUUCUUCUUGGAUGGAGCUUGCAACUACUCCAUAUGGCUCACCGCUGGAUGCUGCAAAAAUGUUUUGGCCUGCUGCCUUGCCUCGUAAAAGCCACUUCAAAGCUGCAGCUAAAAUGAGAGCUGUCAAUCUUGAAAAUGAUUAUUACAAAGGCAAACUUUUAGAAUCCACGGAAGGUGCCUCAACAGAGAAAAAUGGAGAUUCUUCUACCAACCCUGGUAAGAUAGUUGUUGGUGCUGAUGUGGAUAUUUCAGUAACUUGUACAAGAGUAGUUACUGCAACAGCUUUGGGCAUUAUGGCUUCUAAGUUAAAUGGGGCAUCCUUACAAUGUGUGGUUGAUUCGUUAUGGAAGGGACUCACUUCUCUAUCUGGAGUCCAUCGUCAGGUGGCUUCUAUGGUUCUUAUAUCUUGGUUCAAAGAAUUAAAAGAUCAUUCGAAGUCCGAUGAAGUUAUUGCUAGUAUUUCAAGUAACUUCAGGAACUGCUUACUAGAUUUGUUAGCUUGCACUAAUCCUGCAUUUCCUACAAAAAAUUCACUUCUACCUUAUGCUGAACUUUCAAGAACGUAUGCUAAAAUGCGGAAUGAGGCCAGCCAGUUGUAUAAUGCGACAGAGGCAUCUGGCAUCUGUAACGAUAUUUUGUCAUCUUUCCAAGUUGAUUUUGAGAAUUUGACUGCAGAUGAUGCAAUUAAUUUUUCCUCGCAACUUUUGUUUAUAAGUACUGAGGCAUCUGGGCCCGAAUCUAAUGAAAGGAAUAUAUGCGAAGAGUUGGAGUCCUUGAAACAAAUUUUUUUGACAACUGCUGGAUAUCUGAAAUGUGUUCAGAAUAAUUUGCAUAUUACGGUCUCGGCUUUAUUGGCUGCUGCAAUUGUUUGGAUGUCAGAGCUUCCCUCAAAACUUAAUCCAAUUAUUUUACCUUUGAUGGCUUCUGUCAAAAGAGAACAGGAUGAAAUACUGCAAAAUAAGGCAGCUGAAGGUCUGGCAGAGCUUAUAUAUCACUGCAUUGAACGCAAACCUAGUCCAAAUGACAAGCUAAUUAAGAACCUUUGUACUUUGACAUGUAUGGAUCCUCGUGAAACUCCUCAAGCUGGAAUCUUAAGUUCUGUUGAGGUAAUUGAAGACCAAGAUCUUCUGUCCUUUGGUAGUAGUAGCAGUAGACAAAAGUCAAAGGUUAAUAUGCUUUCCCCUGGUGAAGACCGAUCAAGGGUUGAGGGCUUCAUUAGCAGACGUGGGUCUGAACUUGCUUUGAAACAUUUAUGUGUGAAGUUCGGUGGUUCAUUGUUUGAGAAACUUCCAAAGAUAUGGCAUUGUCUUGUGGAAUUCCUUAAGCCUUGUUCUAUUGAAGGUCUGAUGGCAGAAGAUGAAAAACUGAUAGAUCAAUCUAUUGAGUCCAUCAAAGAUCCUCAGAUUUUAAUAAACAAUAUUCAGGUAGUUCGUUCUAUUGCUCCUUUAUUGGAUGAGACACUGAGGCCAAAACUUCUCACUCUUCUACCAUGCAUUUUCAGAUGUGUCCGCCAUUCUCAUAUUGCUGUAAGGUUAUCUGCAUCUAGAUGUAUCACAGCAAUCGCCAAACCAAUGACUCUGGAUGUCAUGGGUGCGGUCAUUGAGAAUGCUGUUCCAAUGCUAGGAGAUAUGACAUCUGUACAUGGUAGACAAGGAGCUGGUAUGCUUGUUAGUUUGCUUGUGCAGGGAUUGGGAUUGGAACUUGUCCCUUAUGCUCCUUUGUUAGUUGUUCCUCUUCUGAAGUGCAUGGGUGAUUGUGAUCCUUCUGUCAGACAGAGUGUAACACAUAGUUUUGCGGCCCUCGUACCUCUUCUCCCGCUAGCACGUGGCGUUUCUCUGCCUGUUGGCUUGAGUGAACGUUUUUCUAGAAAUAAAGAAGAUGCUCAAUUUUUGGAGCAACUAGUUGACAACUCCCACAUCGAUGAUUACAAACUCUCCUUUGAAUUAAAAGUGACAUUGAGAAGGUAUCAACAGGAAGGCAUAAAUUGGCUAGCAUUCUUAAAGCGAUUUAACCUUCAUGGCAUCUUAUGUGAUGAUAUGGGUCUAGGUAAAACCCUUCAAUCAUCAGCAAUCAUGGCAUCUGAUAUAGCAGAGCGCAUUGCUGCAAGUAAUGCUAAUGAUCUACCACCAUCAUUAAUAGUGUGCCCAUCAACGCUUGUUGGGCACUGGGUGUAUGAGAUAGAGAAGUUUAUUGAUUCUUCUCUUUUGACAACACUUCAAUACAUCGGUUCUGCUCAAGAGCGCUUGUCUCUUCAGCCACAAUUUGACAAGCACAAUGUUAUUGUAGCAUCGUACGAUGUAGUCCGUAAAGAUAUUGAUUAUCUCAGCCAGCUUUUCUGGAACUACUGCAUUUUGGACGAGGGACAUAUUAUAAAGAACUCAAAGUCCAAAGUCACAGGUGCAGUGAAACAAUUGAAGGCUCAGCACCGUCUGAUACUGAGUGGGACACCAAUCCAGAAUAACGUGUUGGAUCUUUGGUCUCUUUUUGACUUUCUCAUGCCAGGAUUUCUUGGAACAGAAAGACAAUUUCAAGCCACUUAUGGAAAACCACUGCUAGCUGCCAGGGAUCCUAAAUGUUCAGCUAAGGAUGCUGAAGCUGGUGCACUUGCCAUGGAAGCUCUGCACAAGCAGGUUAUGCCUUUUCUCUUACGCCGAACAAAAGAUGAAGUAUUGUCUGAUUUACCGGAGAAGAUCAUUCAGGACAGAUAUUGUGACCUGAGUCCUGUACAGUUAAAAUUGUACGAACAAUUUUCUGGUUCACAUGUUAGACAUGAAAUCUCAAGUAUGGUUAAGGUAAAUGAAGAUAAAGGAGAGGGACCUAGAGCAUCUUCUCAUGUUUUCCAGGCCCUUCAAUACUUGUUAAAACUUUGUAGUCAUCCAUUGCUUGUCCUCGGUGAAACGAUCCCGGAGUCACUCUUAUCUCAUCUGUCAGAACUAUUUCCUUCUAGUUCCUGCACAGCUUCAGAACUCCAUAAACUGCACCAUUCACCCAAACUUGUCGCCCUUCAGGAGAUACUAGAAGAAUGUGGAAUAGGUGUCGAGGCAUCAGGUUCUGAAGGCACCAUUAGUGUUGUGCAGCAUCGAGUUCUCAUAUUUGCACAACAUAAGGCCCUUUUGGACAUUAUUGAAAGAGAUUUGUUUCACACCCAUAUGAAAAGCGUCACAUAUUUGCGGUUGGAUGGAUCAGUUCAACCAGAGAAGCGCUUUGAAAUUGUGAAGGCCUUCAACUCAGACCCCACAAUUGAUGUUCUGCUGCUCACAACUCAUGUUGGUGGGCUUGGUUUGAACUUGACUUCAGCUGAUACCCUGGUUUUUAUGGAGCAUGACUGGAAUCCCAUGCGAGAUCACCAGGCAAUGGACAGAGCGCACAGGUUAGGUCAGCGGAAAGUCGUCAAUGUUCACCGUCUCAUCAUGAGAGGCACCUUGGAAGAAAAAGUGAUGAGCCUCCAAAAGUUCAAAGUGUCGAUUGCUAAUGCUGUCAUCAAUGCAGAUAAUGCAAGUAUGAAUACAAUGAAUACAGACCAGUUACUAGAUCUAUUUACAUCUGCUGAAGGCAAAAAGGGAAGAAGAAAAUCAAUACAGUCAGAUGAAAGCUUUGAUGGGGAUAAAAAAUUACCUGGCGGUGGCAAGGGACUCAAGGCCAUACUUGGUGGACUAGAGGAGCUUUGGGAUCAAUCACAGUACACUGAAGAAUAUAAUCUAAACCAGUUUUUAGCUAAGUUAAAUGGCUGA